GCUGGCUUCACUCUUUCCUGUGUAGCUGAAUCAAUGGCCCUCUAGCACCCGAAGAAAAACUGCAGUUUACAGUCAUUUAAAGAGUUUGAAGUCAGCCUUUUUGUGACCCCUGUCAGAGAUGCCGGGCCUCAGCUGUAGGUUUUACCAGCACCGCUUCCCGGAGGUGGAGGACGUGGUGAUGGUGAAUGUACGCUCCAUCGCUGAGAUGGGCGCGUAUGUCAGCCUGCUUGAGUAUAACAACAUCGAGGGAAUGAUCCUGCUGAGCGAGCUGUCCCGCAGGCGCAUCCGCUCCAUCAACAAACUCAUCCGCAUCGGACGCAAUGAAUGCGUGGUGGUCAUCAGAGUGGACAAAGAGAAGGGAUACAUUGAUUUGUCCAAGAGAAGAGUCUCUCCGGAAGAAGCCAUCAAGUGCGAGGAUAAAUUCACCAAAUCUAAAACCGUGUACAGCAUUCUUCGGCACGUUGCUGAAGUAUUGGAAUACACUAAGGACGAGCAGUUGGAGAGUUUGUUCCAGCGUACCGCCUGGGUGUUUGAUGAGAAGUACAAGAAACCUGGAUACGGGGCCUACGAUGUCUUCAAACAAGCUGUCUCCGAUCCCUCCAUGCUGGACGGGUUGGAUCUGACCGAGGAAGAGAGAGCUGUGCUCAUCGACAACAUCAACAGACGACUCACUCCACAGGCUGUCAAAAUAAGAGCGGACAUUGAGGUGGCGUGUUACGGUUAUGAAGGCAUUGAUGCGGUCAAAGAAGCUUUAAGAGCGGGACUCGGCUGCUCCACAGAGGUGAUGCCAAUCAAGAUAAACCUAAUUGCACCACCACGAUAUGUCAUGACCACAACGACUCUGGAGCGCACAGAAGGUCUGUCGAUACUCAAUCAGGCCAUGGCCGCCAUAAAGGAGAAGAUCGAGGAGAAACGAGGAGUCUUCAAUGUCCAGAUGGAGCCUAAAGUGGUGACGGACACUGAUGAAACAGAACUACAGCGGCAGCUGGAACGUUUGGAGCGAGAGAACGCCGAGGUGGACGGUGAUGAUGAUGAUGAAGAGAUGGAGGCCAAAGCAGAAGACUAAAAGAUGGACUAGAUGUCUACAACUCCUUCAGCUGAAAGCUGUACUGUGGAAAAUUGAUUCAUAUUAACUUAUUUUGUAUGGUAUCAAUCAUACGGUCUUCAAAGUACGAAUUUGCAGCAAGUUAACAUUUCCGACAACAGUGACAGCAUGUUGUUAUUAAAGCUCCUUGUUGUGCAAAUUAUUUUCUGAACCGGUGGCCUUUCUGUCGUUACGCAAGCAACUACGAUCUAUAUUAAGCCCAUUCAACAGUGCAGAAUAAAAUACAACUUGUUUCUCUCUAUUUCAAGCUACUAGUAAAAAUCUGG